UACUCACGUGUUGAUUUCUUGUUUAUUGUGAUUUGUUUUUUGGUUUUUUGUGAAAUGCUGGCUUUGAAGCUGCUGCUUUUGGCAGGACUGGUGGUCAGUGGCUUCUCCCAAGGUCCUUCUGCCGCCCAUAAGGCGGAGAUAGCCAAACUGCGCAGCGAACUCAAUAAAGCUUUGGAGGAAAACGAUGGAGCACCAGAGGGUGUGGUGGUGGCUCCAGCUUGGACCCAGCACGAUGGCGGACCUCCCCUUCCGAAGACAUCCCAAGUGGAGGUUAACGAUGCCUCCUUGAGGAGUGCUGCAGCCUUGCGCCAUGAGAUCCAGCAGGCAGUACAGCAUCAAGGACAGACCCAUGAGGUAGUUCAGCUUCAGGCAGAGCUCAAGGAUAAAAGCCAGUCUCAGGCUACUUGGCAGGAGGUACUGGGGGCAGCUGCCAGUGAUGAGGAUGUCCAGCCAAACGUUGUGGAAUCCAACUCCCAGUCGGGCAUUGAUCUGGAGCAAUUGCAGCGCCUAGAGCUGUCAAAGAGGAGGACCAGGGACAUGUUAGUACUGAGCAGGAUCGAGGAGUUGUUCAACGUUUCCAUGCCCUCCAAUGUGGAUCGCUGGCUGACUUUGCAGACGAACGGUAGUGGUUAUAUCAUCGGUCAGCAGAUGGGUUCCGGUUUUCUGGUCUUCACCAAGGACUUUCAGCUUCUCCAGAGCUAUGUGUUUGCAGCAAACGUUACCUCCAUGCUGGGUCUGGAGCGAUGGAGCGCUAAAAAGCAUAUCCAGGAGGGAAUCUUGGUCAUAAGUUCCGAGAAUCAUCUCAUCUGGCUGCUUCUGGAGCCUGGUAAGGGACUUGUACCCUUCUGGCAAUGGCCUUUGGGAGGCGAAGUGACCAAAAUCAGUUCUUUCAACCUGGACGGCAGGGACUAUCUGGUCCUGGGGGGCAACCACAUCCUCAGCAUCUAUGCCUACGACCUGGAGACGGAGGAAUUCUGGAUUGCGCAGCGUUUGCAGCUUGCUGAUGAUAUCUCAGACCUGGCUGUCCUGGACGCGGGAAGGGAGCUCCUCCUGGCUGUGGGUCAGACCAAUGAGACCCUGAUCUACGCCUGGAAAGGAUCGGCUGGGGAGCUGCGGCAGAGAGUGGAGUCUCCGCUGGUGACUGGAAUCACAGCUUUUCAAAUGGGCGGACGCAGUUAUCUGGCACUCGGCGGCCAGAAGCCACGUAUCCUGGUUUACCUGCAGGGUCAGCUAUUCCCUCGCACCAUUCUUGGCCAGAAUUUUGGUUUUGUGGAGAAGUUUCUGCCGGUUCCCGUGCGCAGCUAUCGGGACGAUCUUCUCCUGCUUGUCCAGCACAGAGUUUUCUUCGAACCACACUCUCUUCUAGUACUGGAGGUGCUGGUUUGGAAUGGAGAGGCCUUCGAGGCGGGCUUGCCACCUCCCUGCGGCGCUACUUACGGAGCCAACUGCUUGUUGGAUCAGGUCCAGGACAUAGGUAUACAGGGAGCUGCUCUCCUCCGGCAACUGGAUCAGCCGCCCUUGGUGCUGGUGCCCAGGAAUCAGGCUUCCUCGAGCAUCUUUCGCCUGGAAACCCAACUGCUGGCCAGGAACUCAGAGACCCAGGACCUCCAGGAGAUCCACCAGUUCAUGAAGGAUUGGGUGGGUGAACAGGACAAGCUGCUCCUCCUAGCCGAGAGUCUCAAUGUGGAAGAUGAGUUGAUUUACGAAGAAGUGGCCACAAAUCUCGUCAUCAGUGCAGGUGGUUCCAUCGAGGAGCUCUUGGUAAACGAGAUCGCGUGGACGGGAGCAGAUGCUGUGGUGGAUCUGAACGAGCUGAUUGAACAGAUACGCUUACUUGAGGAGGAGCUAUCUCCUCUGCAUCGGUCCAAGAGGCAGGUGCAUUCCCUGAAUGAGUAUCAUUACGAACGGUUGGAGGUGGAUGCCAUUGAAGCGGAGGAUCUUGUGGUGGAUCAACUGAACAACCUGCCCAUGUUUAUACAGAACUCCACCCUGAAGCUACCGCCAGAAGGGAGACUCAACGUCCAAAGGCUUGAGGUUCUGGAGGCUCCCAGGGAGGAGGAAGCUUCUCCUGCCCUUGGCAACGAGACUCAUGAAACUUUAAAGCUCACUGGGGAUCUGGAGUUCAGCUCUAUCAAUGGCCUGGAAUGGAAGCAGUUGCUCCAGGACUUGGUUUGGAGGAACGAGCCUCUCAGACUGAAUCAACUUAUUGUGGAGGGUCCUGUCAUCAUUGAGGAUACACUGCAAGUGACUAACCUGAAUGACUUGAGCUUCCCAGGGGACUAUUUGUGGUCGCAGGGCAAUGAAACCAGCGUGGUCCAGGCCCCCAAGGAGUUCAGCCAAACCUUGUCCGCCAAUGUCGUGGAUACUUCGGGAAGUAUCAAUGGCAAGAAUCCCUUGGAUGCUAUUACCCUCAGUGAUGCCCAGGAUUGGCCUGGUUGGGUUACCUUUUCUCAACUGGAAGUAGCUGAGCAGUUGGAGCUCAACGGCACCGCCCAGGGUCGCCAGUUUGAGGAGGCUCCUCUGAAUCCUACGCUUCUGGAAUCCCAUAACCUCCACGCCGACUGCCACUUUGAUCAGCUCUUGGUGGAAGGAUCACUGCGUUUGCUUGGCAAACUGGAAGACGAUACCUUUGACUCUUUGCUGGGGGAUCUGGUCCAGCGUUCGUCGGAUCCCCACGAGGAAAUCCAAGUGGACGGUGUCAAGCGCGUGGAUCAGCUAGUUCUGCCUGUGGACUCGCAUGUCCUGGAUAACCAGCUCAGUGGCCUGCCUCUGGAACGCUUCGUGACCAAGCACUCGGCCCAGAUCUUGCCGAAUCUCACCCAGAUCUAUGGCUAUGUCUACUUUCAUCAGCUGGAACUGGCCAAAGGUUCUACCUAUGACGGAGUUGACCUGGAAAAGCUUCUGGCGGAGAGUAUCCGUCUGGAUGGUAGUUCUCCACUUCCCAGCAGUCCUCUGACUCGACUCCGCUUCGAAUCCCCACCAGAACUGUCGGAGCUCCACGUGAGUCACACCCUUAACCAGGUGCCCUUGGCCAGUGGCUAUCAACUGCUCCACGAAUCCCUCCACCUGAUGACGGGAAACUUUACUCACCUGGCGGCGGAGCAGGCUCAGGUCAAUAAGGACGUUACUGGCCGAGGACUCUUGAAUGGCAAAAAUCUAGAGAAUCUCUUGAAGGAGGAGCCGCACACCUGGUCGGGUGACGUCCAUGUCCAGGAGCUUCUACUCCCACGGGGUGUGCAAGCCAAGGAGCUGCAGGGCAUCAAGGCCGAUCUCCUACUGGAUUUCCUUCAGCAACUGGACGACCUGCCGCUGCUAAUCCUGCAAGGAAAGCUCCAAGUGGACCAAAUGGCAGUCACUGGGGGAUCCGUGAUGGUGGAGCAGACACUCAACGGCCGGGACUGGGCGGAGCUACAGCGUCAGGUGGUGUGGCUGGACAGGCCGAAUGAGCUACGCACUCGCUGGACCCUCCAGGAGGCUCCGGAUCUGCAAGGAAAUCUUCACAUUUUGGGAAGCUUCAACGAUCGAUUGCUGCCAGAGCUUUUAGAUGACAUAGUCUUCCGGCCCCAGAACGACCAGGAGGAAGUCCUCAUCGAGGGAACCAAAAGUUUCCGAGCCCCCAUCCAAGCGGAUAGCCUCCAGCUGGCGGCGUUAAAUGGCGUUCCUUUCGAGAAACUGGCCACCAGGGAACAGAAGCCCCUGAUCCUCACGGGAAAUGUCCAGCUACAGGGACGUCUCUUUGUGGAGGAUCUGCGGCUUCAGGGAGAUCAGAACGAGUCCUUCGCCGAGUUGGAGAGACUUCUUCGGUGGGAUCCCACUCGGCAGAACUUUAUCCAAAGAGGAGUCGUUCCUAUGCCCGGAAAUCUCAGCCUGGAUGGGCUAACGGUGAUGGGUCACCUGGGAAACCUCAGUCGGGAACCAUUGGAGGAGCUCUUUGGGCAGCUAAUCUUCAAGCAGCAGCCCAGGAUUCAGCUCCAGGGUCACAAAACAUUCACGGGACGCGUUCGCAUCGACGAUGGAGCCUUUGUGGGGAAACUAAAUGGCCUGGAUGUGGAGCAGCUGCUGUCCCAGCUCAUCCUUGUGAAUGCGGAGCAAGAGGAGGUGACGGUGGAGACGCCCCUGGUAUUCGAAGCUCCAGUAAAGAUGGAUUUCCUGGCAGUGGAACGACUAGUUCUCCAGGGGCAGCUCCUAAAUGGUUGCAAUGUGACUGAGUGGUUGCUGGAUACUCUGCGGGUGGAUCGUGACUGGCAGGGAUCGGGAGUUACCUUCUCUCAAGGAUCUUUGGAUGGCAAUCACUUGGAAGUGGAGCAAUUAAAUGACCUGGACCUUUCCCAAGUGGUGACUCUUCACACAGAACAAGAACUCACCGGGCCCCUUAUUGCCGAUGAGGUGCUCCUUAAAGAUGGACUACUGAGUGUCCAGGGAACCGUCAAUGGACGCAAUCUCUCCGAGGAUUACGACAAUACUCUGAUGACCUAUCCCCUGAAGCCUCAACAAGUGGACACGCCACUCUUUCUGUCCGGAAUAAAUGUGAGUGGAUCUCUGGAGACCACAGCACCCAUCAAGGGAAUCAACCUGAGCGAUGUGGCCACCUUGGGCGGCCAAGAGCCACUCCUUCUUCAAUCACCUCUCUACUUUGCCCAGCUCCACGCCCCCUUCUUGAAGGCAGGACAUCCUUUGAACGGCUUCAGGUUCGAGGACUGGUACCAGAAGAGUCUCUGGGCGAGGGGCAGGAAUCAGCAGGAGAUUACGGGCAGUUGGAGGGUCAACAAGCUCCGCGUGAAACAGCCAGAGAUGGACAACCAGCGAUUGCGUCGCCAAACCGUCGAGGAGGGCUAUUGGAACCUCUGUCAGCAGCUGGCCAGGAUUCUACAGUUGCCCUACCAAGUCCAAAAGCUCAAAAAGGCAUUUACUUUGAAGCAGCUUAAGGAUCAAGGGGGAGUGCGUCGAGUUUUCGCCGUGGAGGCGGAUGAGAGCUCCCACUAUCUUUUGGUGAACGAACUGGGUUGCUGGACAAGGAUUUAUCGAUGGAACGGCAGCGGAUUCCAGGCAGCUGGAGGCUUUGAAGGUGGUCCCAUCGACGAAGUGGUGGCUCUGCGAGUAGGCAACCAGAGUUCCAGCAAGGAGUUCACCUUCAUGACCAGCCACGAGAUGGCCGACGACGAGGAAGAGGCCAGCUGGAAUUGCUCAAACUUCCACUCCACCCUGGUGAGUUGGCGGAGGAGCGAGAGCCAGGACACCACAGAGCAGAUGGACAUUCCCAUGACCACUCUGAGGAAUCUGAAGGAUGAGCAAGAGAAGCUCCGGAAGAGUCCUUCUCUGGGAAAUCCCCACUACCAGCAAGCCCUUCGAUAUCUUCAGCGUCCUGUCAUUGAAUCCCAACUGGGCGAAGGAUGGCAGCUGAGCCGGGAAAAGGAUCUGGAUCCUGAGGAGAUUUUACGGAUUAGGAACCGCCUUCUGGACACUUUGCAGCGGCAGCUCCAGGCGGAGGUCAACAUCAUCCAGCUGAGCAUCCCAGAGAGCGAUCUGUAUGACGAGCACCUAAUGGAGGACUUCCUGGAGCUGAUCUCGCAGCUGGGACACCUCCACAUGGAGACCCUACCCUUGCCAGAUACCCCUUCGAAGGUUUUGGCUGCCCGGAGUGCCCAGCUCAUCUUCCCGGUGUGGCAGGAAUUCCGGGGCAUGUCCGAAAACGGAGCUGCUCUGCAAGAUCAGGAGGCACUUGUCCUGGAGCAAACAAUGGUGGAUGUCCUGACAUUGGCCAAUCAUAGUGGUGACUCUCCCGAGGACGAAAAGCUGCAUGCGGUGAUUGAGAGACUCAGGAAGUUGCAGGACGAUCUUCCACUUGAUGCCCCAGAUCUGGAGGAGUCCCCUUCGCAGCAGGAAGAGCUCUUCCUGCCCCUCAACUGGAGGCCUGUGCAGACCCUGCGCCUCACCGUGGGUUCCGACUACCGACCCAAAGUUCUGUAUGCCAGGUUGACCCACCUGGCCGACCCGGAAGGUCCUCCGCCCACUACUCCAUCCUCGGCGCCGGCAGCCCACAUCCAGAUCCAUCAUGUGAAUGGAUCUCUUUUCCAGACCCUCGCUGCCGAGAGAGGAGCCCGUCACCUGGCCACCUUGCGGGUGCGGGACGAGACUCUGUUGGCCUUUGUCGAGGGAUGUUGUCGGAUCCGGGUCUUGAUCUAUCGGGGAGUCCAGGGAUUCGUGCCAUUUGCGGUCUUCCGGGCCCCCAGACAGGGCUCUGGCCAGGAGGAUGAGAUACUCCAGCUACUGACACUGCGGUUGCCUCUAAAGAGGGCUCCAGGAGCAUUGUAUAGCCUGGCGGUGGUCCAAUCUCAUAGAACUACGUUUUAUGAACUGGUUGUGGCGGGGCUUCUAGAACCUUGGAUGAAGUGCUAG